GAACGAUCAACAUUUUUUCACACGAGAUGGGCAUACAUCAGGGACCACAGAUCCCAAAGGCUCCCGGCUAGUGACAGUUAGCUUCCAGUCCGGAGAUCCUGGCUCUCACUUCCUUGAAACGUGAUGCUUCUGUUUUUCAGUAAAGCAGCUCUUUUUUGCCGGCUUGCAAUAGAAGAUCUGUCUGCGCUGUGUACUAGUACACAAGCGGGGGAAACGAGCCGGCCAGCUUGCCCAGCAGCCUUUUUUCUCCCUCUCUCUCUCACUCUCCCUUUCUCUCUUUCCUCCCUCCUUUUCUAACCCUCACUUGCCAAGCCAGGGUCCUGCUUAAUGAUUUUGAGAGAAACGCACAGCCCCUGAUUCAGGCUAGCUGAGUGAACGCGAGCAGGCUUUUUUUGUUUGUGGUCGCUGCAUUGGGAAAGGGGAGGAAAAGCGAGAGGCAGCCGGCGGGCGGACGUCCUUGAAAACUGCACCAGAGAACUCUGUGAGGAAAGCCAGGAUCCAGCGUUCAGUCUUGAGGUCUGGGUUGCACUUUCGAGGUCACGUUCAGGUCUGGGCUCUCUGCAUUAAUCACCUCUUAUCAUCUUAGUUCCUGACUCGAGUCUCCAGAAGCAUUCCCAAGGUUGCACACCCUCACGACCCGCUCCUUGACCUGCUGGCCCUUUGGUAAAUGCUGGGAUCCUCUUCUUCUGCAAAUAAAUACAGCUGCUCUGCAGAAUGUCCAGCAAGGACCGCCACAUUGAGUCGAAUUGCCCCUCCUACAUCAAGACGGAACCUUCCAGCCCCGCCUCACUGACGGACAGCGUAAAUCACCACAGCCCCGGUGGCUCCUCAGACGCCAGCGGUAGCUACAGCUCCACCAUGAACGGCCACCAGAACGGUUUGGACUCGCCCACUCUUUACGGCCCAACAGGUGCUCUGGGUCCCAACGGGGCCGGAGCUAAACGCUAUGAGGACUGUUCCAGCACCAUCACAGAGGACUCACAGAUCAAAUGCGAGUACAUGCUCAACUCCAUGCCCAAACGCCUGUGUCUGGUGUGCGGAGACAUCGCGUCCGGUUACCACUACGGCGUUGCCUCCUGCGAGGCCUGCAAGGCCUUUUUCAAGAGGACCAUUCAAGGAAACAUCGAGUACAGCUGCCCUGCCACCAAUGAAUGUGAGAUCACCAAACGCAGGAGGAAGUCCUGCCAAGCCUGCCGCUUUAUGAAGUGUCUGACGGUUGGCAUGAUGCGAGAAGGGGUUCGGCUGGACCGCGUGCGCGGAGGCAGACAGAAGUAUAAACGCCGGAUAGAUGCGGAGAACAGCCCUUACCUGAACCCUCAGCUGGCUUUGCCGCCCAAAAAGCCAUUCCCCUUUGGCUGCCUUGCAGAUAACAAGAUUGUGUCUCACUUGCUGGUGGCGGAGCCCGAGAAGAUCUACGCCAUGCCUGACCCCACCGUGCCCGACAGCGACAUCAAAGCCUUGACUACGCUUUGUGACCUGGCCGACAGAGAACUGGUGGUCAACAUCGGCUGGGCCAAACAUAUCCCAGGGUUUUCCACGCUGUCGUUGGCAGAUCAGAUGAGUCUUCUGCAGAGCGCUUGGAUGGAGAUCCUGAUCUUGCGCGUGGUGUACCGCUCGCUUUCUUUUGAGGACAAGCUGGUAUACGCCGAGGACUACAUCAUGGAUGAGGACCAGUCAAAACUGGCCGGCCUGCUGGACCUAAACAAUGCAAUCCUGCAGCUGGUGAAGAAGUACAAAACCAUGAAGCUGGAGAAGGAGGAGUUCGUCACUCUUAAAGCUAUAGCGCUCGCUAACUCGGAUUCCAUGCAUAUAGAGGACGUGGAAGCCGUGCAGAAGCUCCAGGACGUGUUGCACGAGGCCCUGCAGGACUAUGAGGCGGGCCAGCACGCAGAUGAUCCGCGCCGGGCCGGCAAACUGCUCAUGACCCUACCGCUGCUCCGGCAAACAUCCACCAAGGCCGUGCAGCACUUCUACAGCAUUAAACAGGACGGCAAAGUGCCCAUGCACAAACUGUUUCUGGAGCUGCUGGAGGCCAAGGUCUAACUCCGCCCCCUGCAUCAUAAUGAGCAAGUUGGAGGGUUAUGUCGCUGACUCCGCCCCUUCACCCAGGCAGAUAAUGAUGACUAACUCUCUGCCACUGUUUUUUUGUCUAUAAACUUUAUCAAAUAAUAACUAAAAAACAUAAUGGUACUCUAAUUACUGACAAUGAUACCUUAAUAUAAGAAUGAUUUAAAAUGUGAUUGAAAUGAAAAAAUGACACAGCAGUGGGACUUCAAAGCAGCUGUCGAUUCGUUCCUCUCCGUUUUUUGUGCUACGGACAUUUUGUUGCUUUUCAAAAGAGAAAUUCUGGAGCCGAGAAUGACCAGCCCUGCCAAAGGAAGGAGGUCCACCCAGUGGACACCAGCAAGCGAAACUUUCCCCAAACUUUACCGUCCGACUUUCAUUUUGCUAACGGAUUUGUCCCUCUUUUGUGACUACUGUAUGUGCAGUAUUACAUUAGCGGCGCUCGGAGCAGUUUAACGAAACGAUAGCCAAACAGAGAUUUGAAAAAGCUGCUCCUCACCAUUUUUUCACCAUGUGGAUUGAUCAUGUGUGUGUGUGUCACUCGUUGUUUUCUUUCAAGUCUUCCAAACCUCUUUUAACGGUUUCAUUGUUAUAUUUUCAGGGAUUAUCCUAAUGCUUUAGUCUUUCAUGCAAUACGAAGGAGAACUUGCAGUGGACUCAUUUAUUUAUUUAUUUUAUUACGUUGUAUUUUUAAAAGGUGUAAAUAUAUGGUACGGUCAUCGGACACUAUAUUUCCUCGUAUGAUGUUAAUAAUUGAUCUUUACGUUUUUCUACCGACCGCCGUGUUUUGUAAUUACGAAUCACGGUGACUAAAACCUGCUAUCUUCUCUAAGCAAUAGAUGUUUAAAAAGUGGAGAUGUAAAUGUAUGCAAAAAAAUUUCUUAGUGCCACACUUGCUUGAGAAAACGCUCUUUCGCUCUUUUCCGUCCGCGCUUGUCAUAAGAUGAUAGAUUACAUACGUGAUAUGGCCAGAAGGACCAUUAUCUCCAGCAAAUUAUAUAUGCAUAUAUACAUAUUAACUUCAGGCUCUAAAUUCAAUCGAUCAUAUUUCAUACGUAUUUGAACUUUGUUAAGCAAAAUAGCACUUAGGGAAGACGUCUCCACGAACAGACGAAGAAACGACGUAGGUUUAGUUUCACGAAUGGUGCCAGAGAUAUCAUAAUGUGAUGUAAUCUUCUUCCAAAUGACAUCUGAAUAUCAAAGCGAGCAAUCCACAGAAAUAUGUCAGUAUUAGUAUGGGGUAUUUUCUGAAUAUUCUUAAGCAUUGUAUAUUGUAAAUUUUAACAGAUUAUAAAUCUAACCUAAGACAUUUUAUUGGAACAGAUCAAAGAAAAAAAGAACGAAAUGACAAAAAAAAUGUAGUUCAGCUUCUUGGUGUUUCAUGUCUGCUUAAAUCUGUUUUUUCCCCUUCCUCCGUCACAUGCAAAAUAUGUAGUGUAAUACCCAUGGUGAUCACAGGUCUCGCUGUUUAGUAUGCUUUUAUUUAUUUUAUUCGUUUAUUUUUUUUUUCUUUAUUUCAGACAGGGUAGAAUAAUAGACAAUACUGGAUGUAUCAAUCCUCAGGAGCAAAUAAUUAUGGGUUUUCAAAUUACUUUCCGGGAAAAACCUGAAAAAAGACUCUGCUAGAUCAACGGAUCAACGAUCAAUAUAAUCAAUGCUGAUAUAUAACAGAUAUUUAAAAUCAAGUACACUAUAUGUACAAGAGACCAUCCGUGUGAUUCCUAUCAUAUAGACUAACAUUGUGUAUCAUAGGUUACAAUGAAAACAUGCUUUGAAAUAUUUCUUAUUUUCUCAUUUUUGUCCUGAUCUUUUCCUUUUUUUUUUACAAAAUGCUGUACAUAGGGCCUUCCAUGCUGAACUCCAUUGGUAUAAAUAUAUAUAUAUAUAUAUAUAUAUAUUGACACUUUAAGGUUGCAAAGGGAAGAACCAUUUUUGUUCAUUUUGGUGUAAGAUCGGUUUUCAAAAGUAUCACUUUGAAUCUGUGUGCUUAAUAAAAUGAAAAAGAAAAAAACAAUGAUGAAAGGGCAGAUCAUUUUUUAAAUAAAACGGGUAUGGGGGUUUUAGUUGCGUCUUGUUGUAUAAAUACACUGUAUCUACCAUUAUCUAUUUCAAAACUUUAAUGUGCUUUGGAAAGGUUAGUGUAAAGUGACUUUUUGAAAUUUUACCGCUCAUGGAAACUCAUCAGAUGGUAAAAAGAUGGGGUGAGUUUUGCUGUUAAGAAAAAGUUGGCACUUUCAAUAUUUCACGUGAACAAUUCCUGGCAAAGAGGUGCUGUUUUUUCUCUGUGAUUUUGUUUUUUAUUUUUGUUCUUUUGUUUUUUGUCUUUCAAAUGAGUUAUAUAAUUUAUUUAGUCUUUGUGUAACUUCAUGACAGUAAAAUCAAGAUUUAAGUCUUCAAGAUAUUCAUUUUUUCAAGCUAUUGCCACAAAACGAAAAACAAUGCGAUAUGUUUUUAUUAAGUACCACGUAAUUUUGAACAAAAUGAAAAUCCGUCACUGUAAAAAAAAUGCAGCAUUUUUGUCAAAUCAACAUAUAUUUAUGUUACUUUAACUUAACAAAUUCAACUUUUUUAAGUUAGAACUUAAAAUAGUAGGUUAAAUUGACUUGCAAAACCAAGUUGUUUUAAAUUCAUGCUGCAUUUUUUUCUCUCAAGACACUCAUUUAUUCAGCAUUAAAGUGCAACUGAGACGUAACCAUGACUAUCUUUUUUUAGAGAUAUUUUCAUAUUUAACUCAACUUGACGAAACAACGUACGUUGUACGUUAUAAUUAAAUUAAGCGAAAAUUCUGUAUCUAUUGGACUAUUUUGCAAAUUCUAGGAUAAUAGAAUAAAUAAUGAUCAAUUGUACAAACAGCUGCUAUUUUUCAAUGUUAAAGAGGUUAUAGAUAUCGGUUGUAUUUAUUCACGUAUCGACAUGUCUGCCAAAUGUAUCUAGACUUUUCGGCAGUCUAACACAGAAACUCCGAUCGGCUUUGAUCCAGAAAACUGAAAGGGAAAGCAUUUGAAAAGCUUAAUAUAAUAAUAUUUUUUUCAACCCAGGAGUUGCUGAUACGACCUGUAGUGAGAACCAUGUCUGUAGUUUUUAGAUGUGCUCCACAUCGGUAAAACUAAUACUUGUAUAUUUUUGUGAUGUGCAUCAUUACAGUGUGCUCCAACCAAUAUGUCCAUUUGUGUAAAUGUAUUUAUUUUACAUUGUAUAUAUUGUUCAAUGCAAAAAGAGAGACCUAUGAUUCUGUAACUACGAUCAGUUCAGAUGUGUAACUCCAAUUAUGCCUUUCAGGAUAAUAGUAGAGCAAUAUUAAACAUGCUUCCAGUUUUGACUCAG